AUGUCUACUGUAGAGGAUCUUCUUGCGCGGAAAGAAGAAUUGGUGCGCGAAAUUGCAGAUCUGAAGCAGACAGAAAAGAAACUGGACGAUGAAAUAGCGGCUCUAGAUGAGGAAGUGGAGGACGAUGUGACGAAAAUUGACGAAGAACUGGCACACCACCAAUAUUUUGAUGAGCUAAUACAAAACUUGAUGACCGAAGGAAUACGACAAGUUGAGAUAGAUAAGCAUCGCAGGAAUGAUGCUAAACGCCAAAAACGUGAAAAUGCGAUGAAACGUAGCAAUGACGAAUAUGAAGAAUUACGCGAAAGACUGGCUCCUGCAAUUUGUUUGGAGAACGCGUAUCGGUUAGGUGGACUCACUGCUUUUCCGGUCAAUGAUCCACAAGCAGGCGACUCUGACCGCUUCUUGGGGAUACGGUUCGAUAUAUUUGACCCAUAUUCCUUCAAAUACACAACCCCCCACUAUGUGAUCUUGCGCAAAAAUCCAAAAAAUGACCUCUGGGAGAUCUUCAAGACGACCGUCCCCAAGUAUGUUCCACUUAAUACCAUUGCUUACGAGCAUUUGAAUGACGAUAUGAUUCGAUUCGCAGGCCAUGUGCGCCGCUACCUUGUACAACUACAGCUCAAAAAGGCUAUUUUCCUCAAAUUGCAAGAAAAACUUGAGUCUCCAUCAGGUUUAGAUCACGAUCUAGAUUUCACCAAGAUAAGCGUCAACGUCAAGGAUAAAUUAGAGAUAGUUCUGAUCUGCGACUUGUACCGGGUCACCAAAGCGAUGGUCACCUACGUUGAUCCCGAAGUAAGCAGCGCGUCCAAGCAGAUUGAGCUUCUAUUGUCUGGAUUAUCUUUUAAUGAUCUUGAUGAGAAGUUUCUUGAGGUGAUUGCAAGCGUGGUAUGA